GUUCCCGGUGUGAGCGAGGAAACAUCAAACUGAAAGGGGUGGAGCUCUCAGUCUGUGGGGAACUACACAAACUUAGGCCGUUUAACCGAAGGACAGUUUCCGUGACAAGACAAAAUGUCUCGUAGAUAUGAUUCCCGAACAACCAUAUUUUCCCCUGAAGGACGCCUGUAUCAGGUGGAGUAUGCAAUGGAAGCGAUUGGUCACGCUGGAACAUGUCUGGGGAUCCUAGCCAAUGAUGGCGUGCUGUUGGCAGCAGAGAGACGCAACAUCCACAAACUGCUUGAUGAGGUUUUCUUCUCUGAGAAGAUCUACAAGCUCAAUGAUGACAUGGCCUGCAGUGUUGCCGGGAUCACAUCAGAUGCUAAUGUACUGACAAACGAGCUGCGGCUUAUUGCACAGAGGUAUUUACUGCAGUACCAGGAGCCCAUUCCCUGCGAGCAGCUGGUGACAGCCCUGUGUGACAUCAAACAAGCAUACACACAGUUUGGAGGUAAGAGGCCGUUUGGUGUCUCUCUGCUUUACAUGGGCUGGGACAAACACUACGGUUUCCAGUUGUACCAGAGUGACCCCAGUGGCAACUAUGGAGGCUGGAAGGCAACUUGUAUCGGCAACAACAGUGCUGCUGCAGUGUCCAUGCUGAAGCAGGACUUCAAAGAGGGUGAGAUGAGUCUUUCCUCUGCUCUGGCUUUGGCUGUCAAAGUCCUCAACAAAACUAUGGAUGUGAGCAAGCUCUCAGCAGAGAAAGUGGAAAUUGCCACCCUGACACGGGAAGACGGGAAAACAAAAAUCAAGGUGCUGAAACAGAAAGAAGUCGAGGAGCUCAUCAAAAAGCACGAGGCUGAAGAGGCCAAGGCUGAGAAGGACAAAAAGGAGAAGGAGCAGAAAGAGAAGGACAAAUGAGCAACAUAAUUAUUUUUUCCCCUCCUGUCACCAAAUCCUGUAUUGUUUUGUCUUUUACAUUAAAAGUUUGUAAACUGA